AUGAGUAAAGAAAAGGUUCUAACUACGCAUUUCUUCAGUGGACAAGCAAACUAUGCGGUUGGAAAGGCAGGUAUGGUCGGUCUGACCAAAACUAUUGCUAAGGAAUGGGGACCAAAAUUCGGUGUGCGAGCCAAUACUAUUGCCUUUGGAUUCGUCCUCACCCGAUUGACUCAGGCAAAGGAGACCGGGGCCUUCAUCACCACUCCAGAUGGUGAGAAGGUUGCUCUCGGCAUCCCCGGCUCUCAGCUGCCUACCCAGACCAAGGAGUCUCAGGAGGCAUACGCUGAUAUUCCCCUUCGACGAGCGGCGAGUGCAACGGAAGCAGCGAGAUCUAUUCUUGGUGUCUGCAGCCCACUGUUUAGCUAUGUCAAUGGCCAAACCAUAAUGGUCACCGGAGGAAGGAAUAUGUAG